AUAGAUAGAAAGAUAUAACAGGCAGAUUUCCUUUGUGCAAAUUCAUAACAAAACUCAAAAUGUGUUUCGUUUUAUAUAGAGAUCUAGUUAGACAACAAAGAAUUUCGUUAUUAUUCAAAUAUUGAUACAAACAAUAUAUUUUCAUGUUUCUGUUAGUAUUUCUAAUGUUGACACUUCAUUAAUUUAUAACUACUGUGGAACAUGAAACAAGUAACGAACAACGACCAAUUUUACACAUAAAAUACCUACCUAUUCAUUAUAAAGUUCAUGUUUCUGUGUGUAUCUAGUGUUAUGUUCUUAAAAAUUGUUUAAUUUCUACAAGUGCGGGUGAUAUCAUGCAGUUGUUAGAUUAGACAGCAUUUCCUGUCGCAGGCAGGUAGGUAUAAGAUAAGUGCACUCGCGCUCCCAGAUUUGUCUAGAUAGGUUCACACGCUUGAGAACAAAACCACAUCUAGAUUCUUCAAGCGUACAACGUACCUAUAGGGCGAUCGAAUCGUAAAAUGCUAUGAGAAAGUCUAAAUCCUUCUUAACCUCAUCACUGUGUUAGAAGGAGAAGCGUGGCGGGUUUGUUCACCCCUAUAUCGUGAGAUGUCGCGGACGCUCGGGGAGAGUCGGGAGGCUGCGCCGCAGGGCGCGCGCGCGUACCCGGCCGCUUCGUCAUUGCGACGGAGGCUGUCGUGUGUCGGCGCUGGCCCGUGCGAGCGCUCGUCCCGCACCGCACCGCACCGCGCUGUGACCGUGCGUCACCGGAGCCGCGUCCGCCGUGUGAACACGCCCUCGUGCCGAGCUCAGGCGUGCUGUGUCCUACCCGGUUGCCGCCAACCGCCUAACGGCCGUCGGUGCCGGUACGGUGCCACCGCGCAGUGCAUGUGCCUCUGUUCCAUAGCUCAGUGACCACGUUCCCGGGGACCGGCGAUUGUGGCGCGAUGUAAAGAAGCCGCGACCGUGAAUCUAUGUGCGCAGGUCGGUGAGCGGAGGCGCGCGCGGGCGAGAUGGCCGCGCCGGCCAGCUGAUAGCAUGCGGGCGGCGGCGCGCCUGCCCGCCCCAACCUAGCCGAUCGCACCACAUUCACGGGUAUAAAGCGGCAGUCACUGAAGAUGGUAGACCCGGGCGGUUGCAGGGGUGACACCAUAUCAAUGAGCGCGCUGGAAGGCGGCGCGCUGGGCGGCGGCGGCGGCGGUGGCGCGUUCGGCGCGCUGCGAGCGGCCGGCUCGCCGCCCGCGCCCAGCCUCGGCGCCAGUCGGCACAGUCUAAUCGAAAUGAUGACGUGCCGGCUGGGCUCCCGGCGGCUGGGUGGGUCCCGUGGCUCGCUGCAGGCUGGCACUUGCACCGCCGCUAGCGAGCUAGACCUUUCCUCGCGUUCGCGACGUGCACACAAAGCUAGAUUAAAAUUGCUGGGUACUAGCGGAGAAGCGCCGCUGCUGAGCGGGUGGCGUAGUACGCCGCACACGCCGCAUGCCUCCGCCACCCCUGCGCCGCACCACUCACACAAUCACCUCGCACCGCCCCACUGCAACGGCACAGAUAGUGGUAGCAGAGGAGGCCUCCGGCGGCGGUCGACGUACGCCAGUGGUCGGCUACGCUCCGGGCCCCAUUGGUCGUUCGUGUUUGACCCUGCGGGCCGUUUGUGCUACUACUGGUCCAUGGUUGUUUCCCUUGCCUUCCUAUACAACCUUUGGGUCAUCGUCUAUAGGUUCGCCUUCCAAGAGAUUAAUGGGGAGACGCUAAUAGUGUGGUUCUGCUUGGAUUACUUCUCGGAUUUCCUGUACUUAGCGGAUAUAUUGUUUCAUUUUCGAACGGGCUACUUGGAAGACGGCGUGCUACAAACCGACGCGGCAAAGCUCAGAGCGCAUUACAUGAAUUCUACAACCUUCUACAUCGACUGCCUCUGCCUCUUGCCUCUGGACUUCCUCUACCUCUCCAUUGGGUUCAACUCCAUCCUGCGAUCGUUUCGUCUCGUCAAAAUAUACCGUUUCUGGGCAUUCAUGGACCGCACCGAGCGACACACGAACUAUCCAAACUUAUUUAGAUCUACAAGUUUAAUUCAUUAUUUAUUAGUGAUAUUCCAUUGGAACGGGUGCUUGUACCAUAUAAUAUAUAAGAACAAUGGGUUCGGUAGUAAAAACUGGGUGUAUCAUGAUACUGAAACGGCGGAUGUGGUGAAACAGUACCUACAAAGUUAUUAUUGGUGCACUUUGGCGCUAACAACAAUAGGUGAUUUACCACGGCCGCGGAGCAAAGGGGAGUACGUGUUUGUGAUUGCGCAGCUUCUGUUUGGGUUGCUACUGUUUGCGACGGUAUUGGGACAUGUUGCCAAUAUCGUUACUUCGGUCAGUACCGCCAGGAAAGAAUUCCAGGCGAAACUGGACGGGGUGAAGACAUACAUGCGCAUGCGCCGGGUGCCAACUCACUUGCAAGUAAAGGUGAUCAAGUGGUUCGAUUACCUGUGGCUCACGCAGAAAUGUUCCGAUGAAGAAAAGGCGGUCUCCUGCUUACCUGAUAAACUGAAAGCGGAGAUUGCUAUUAAUGUCCACUUGGAUACUUUAAAAAGGGUGGAGAUCUUCCAAAACACGGAAGCGGGAUUUCUGUGCGAGUUGGUUUUAAGACUUCGGCCUGUCCUUUUUUCGCCAGGCGAUUAUAUCUGCAGAAAAGGCGAAGUUGGCAAGGAAAUGUACAUAGUGAACCGAGGAAAACUGCAGGUGGUAGGCGAUAACGGCAAGACGGUGCUAGCAACACUCAAGGCGGGUUCUUAUUUUGGCGAAAUUUCCAUUCUGAACAUGGGCACGGCAGGUAAACAACUUGGAAACCGGCGGACAGCAUCGGUGCGGUCCGUCGGCUAUUCGGAUCUGUUCGUGCUCAGCAAGAAGGACAUGUGGGACGUGCUCAAAGAGUACCCCGCAGCGAGGGUCCGCCUAGAGGCUAUUGCCGUCAAGAGACUUGAGAAGUAUAAGAAAGCACCGCUUGAAAAAGUUGCGAUGGGUCGCUGCCAAUCUACGCCCGGGCUCGUAGAGACGAGCGGGCGCGUGCCUAUAGAGGAGAUGCAGCUCCCACCCGCACCGGCGCCACUGCCGAUGCACCCUUCACACCCGCCUUCCUACCGGGACCAGCUUUAUAGUUCGUCAGUAAGUCCUCUUCGUGUAGCAUCCCCUGUAGCGUCGUGUGCAUCUAGUGCCCGCAGUAGCGCGGCAGGCGGUGGCAGCGUGGCUGCCGUCAGCAUGGCGCCUAGAGUACUCCUCGACUCACACGAUGCCCUCGAGUGCGAGAUCAAGCGAUUGCGUGAGCGAUUGUACACUGUCGAAACGGAGAAUGCCGCAAUGUCCGCUAAGCUCAGUCAACAGCAGUGGGAAGUUGAUCAGAGGCUACAAGAAAUUGAAAUGCAGAUCUGUGGGGGCAGUUCACUGAGCUCGCAGGAGGAGAAUGAGCGGAACCGCGAGAGCAUCAUUUAACAGCGCGCCUCACCCGAGCCCUCGCGGCCGCUGCCUUCCUUGCCCGUGCUGCGCUCCUCAGCUGUCUAUUGAAACCCCCAGCAACCUGCAGCCCACCGGCCGCUCAGGCCUUAGCCGACCACUUGUGUUUUCCCCACUUUAGUGACCUAUGUGAACUUUGAAUGUACAAUCAAACGUAGUGUUUUUAUGAUGAAUAAUAUUAUUAUGGAAUAUUUAAAUACGAAUUAACUUUAUCAAAUUUAUAUAUACGUAGUAUAUACGACUCGCUAAUAUUUGACGAGUGCCGUGGAGUGAGAUUUUGCCAAGACAAUAUUAUCUUAAAAUUAAAUCGUUUAGAUACAUCGAGGAGUGUGGAGUGCGUGAUGUGCGUGAUCGCGCGACGUGUCGGUGCGCGUGCGCGUACUUUCGAUAAUCAGUUGAUAAGUUCGCGCGUACCUUGUCCUAAAGGGCGUCUAUUUGGUUAAUUCCUUAGCGGCUGUAUGUUGUGCACACCUCAUGUCUAGAUGUUUUACCCGCGAUGGUUUCGUAUAAUGACCGUGUUUACAUCAGUUAAUUUUUUACACUUGUUACAUUGUUUUUUGUUUCGGUAUGUUGUAGCGAAAUUAUUCUUAUUUAUUGAGGUUUGUGUACAAAAAUUAUCCUAUAUUGUGUAAUCACUAAAUAAAACUAUGUGCCAAAUAAGUGGCCAAAGUGAAUGUGUUAAGGAUAAGAUUUUUGCGUUAACUCAUGAAUAGAGGAAUGGAUGUGUUCCUAUCCAUUCUAUUUGAGCUUUAAUUAUAAUAAAAUCCAGGAAGACUUGAUCACGUUAUAGUUAUGUUUCGGUUGAUCCUUUGUUAUGAUUAAAACAGUUUAGGGUAUAGUUCUUUCUUCGUCAAUAAAUUUGGUAUAAUCUAUGUAUAUUCGUAAACUAUAACAUUCUGAAACAGUUUUGCCCAUUGUAAUGACAUAAAUCGACCAUAGUAUGUUGUAACUUGUUAUAUAAAAUGAAUUAUUACCUUUGUAUUAAGGAACGUAGCUUAAAACUGAUACUUAAGUCAGUUUUGGUAAUUUAAAAAUCACUACUGCCAAAUAAGAUAUAAGUAGAUAAAACAAAAUGUUUUAAUGUAAAGAUAUUACCAAAGAAUGUUUUGUACUUAAUAUCCUUUCUAUUCACCUAAAGUUCGUUUAAGAGAUCGUUAAGUGACAUUCAUGUGUCUACAUAAGUGAAUUUUAUUGUUGAAGCUUCGGAAUUAAUUUGUUUGAAUCAUUUAUUGUGCUAUAUUAAUAUUAUUAUAUAUAUGACAAAGUCAAAGUACCAAAACGUGAGAACCUAAGUGAAUUCAACAGUAAGUAAAUUGUAAAUACUUAUUCUGGUAUAUCUAUGAUACGUGUUUAUAAGCUGUUUUAAUUGAUAUGACAUUGUUUUGAAAGCCACGAGUUAACCGGUAUGAAGUGUUGAUGGAUAUAGGAAAAGCGGCGAGGACAUGACUUUUGUUUUUAUUAUCUACAAAUAAGACACGUGUUUAUGUUUAUGUAUGCCACUGUAUAAUUAAUAUAAAUGGUAACAGUGUCGAUUUUAGGCCAAUUGUUGUAUAAAUCGUUUAAGUUAAGUCGUAAAAGCUUUAGAGUAGAAUAUUAUUUUACUCGAAUAUGUAUAAAUAUACAAAUGUUUUUUUUUUUCCUGGUUAACUUGUUUGCAAAAAUAAAAUCAGAAGCAAAAUUAUUUCUCCGCUAAUAAUAGUAUCAAAAUUCUAAGUUCUAUAUGAAAUUUCUACUUAACUUUAUUAAAACAUUUAGCCUAGAAUUUAUCACAGAGGUACGGCAUGUGUGUAUCGUUACGCCGCCCCCACACCGCGGCGGUGGAACCAUUGUCAAGUUUGUACUUACUCUAUUACCAAAAUUGCUGAAUCUACAUACUGUGACUUUGUAAAGCCGCAAAUAUACUAUUGGGUAUAAUUCGGCGCGUAUUUAGUAUCUUGAUAGUAUAUUUACAUUUAAAAUGUGCUUAAGUUGCGGAUAUGACUUUGGAUCGUUCUUGGACGAUUGGACGUCCGACGAGGAUCUGACGGAUUAAAUGACACACAUACUUGCAAAACAACCAAAGAGAGAGAAAUGGUCGAAACACCAUGCACACUUUUCAGUCGCGUCCAUCAUCCGCGACUGAUAUCCUAUAGUACUCGUAUGUUUGCGGCUUAAUCGUGUGGUUGCGUGCCGCGGUCUGCCGCGAUUCCGCGAUGUAGAGCGCGACGCCGUAUCGCUGUAUUAAGUAUUUUGGAAUAAUAAAUUAUGUUGCAACUUAUUCAAAAGAUACGUUUUUAAAUCGACACUGUAUCUACAUAUAUGUAAUAUAUUCUAUAUACUUAAUAAAUCUCAAUCUGUCACGUAAGUAAAAAUAUAUAUAUAAUCCGUACUACUUCAGUUCGUCCAACGACUCAGUUUUAUCACACUAAUAAACGCCCGAAAAUGUAAUAGAUAGGCGAUAAAAUUUUUAACUGUAAAUAAAAUAUUUAUUUAUUGUUAUAUAUUCCAGAAAUUUUUCUUCUUACAUAUUUCUCGAUUAUAAAAUGGUAAGAGAGAUGCAUUAUGCAAUUGAAUAUUAAACGAAAAUGCAAGUGCUUUUUAUCAUAAUAACUAUGUAGGUAUAUGAUUCUGAGAACAUUGUGCGGGCUCAGCAACAAAAAGGACUUAGUUGAUAUCCUUAAAGGUAAAAAAAUACAAGAUCGUUAUAUUGAAGCUCUGCAUCAUACAGCUUUUGUUUCUAAUUGAAAUAGAUAUUAACAUGAAAUCAAAAUUAGAAGUUAGUUUUUUUUUUAUGAGUACUCCAGUAACGAAACUGAACAUGUUCCCAAAGAAAUAGGGGGCCUUUUAGAGCCUUCUAUAUUAACGCAACAUAUCUAGUUAUCAAAUUUUUUUAAUGGUUUUCAAACCCUUUGGGAAAAAGUUCAGAUUGACGAUUUAGAAAAUACUCCCUUAACAUGCACUUUGAUUUUAUCUUGUAGUACCUACUUACUCGGUACUGACUAUUUUUAUAUAAUAUUCACAAAAAAAGAAAAUAUUAAUUACAAAUAAAUGACAUGUCAUAUUAAAAUAUAAUACUAAUACAAUUUAAAGUGCUUAAUAUUGUAAGUCUUUUUUAUGUCUAAGAAAAAAUUGGAUUUGAAAGAAACCUAUAAGUAUUUUCAUUUACCGAAUGAGCCUGAGUCACUGCUGUUGCUGGCCCGUAUAAAAAGAACAAACUAUAAUUCUGUUUGUAAGUAUUGUUACUUUACCUUCACGAGAAUCAGACGUUUAUUAAAUUUGGCGCGUAAGUACCACUGAGAGAUUGGACCGUGGUUCGGUAAUUUUCUGCAGUAACCGGCUUGUGCAUCUAAAUUGGAAAUUCAAUUAUGUAUCGCACACGAUUCAUUUUAUUGUUAAUAAAAAGAUUAAUAUAAUAAUAA